AUGGCGCGCACGAAGGCCGUCGUUGUCCUCGGCGUCGUAGCGGUGGUGGCGGCAGCGUUGGUUGCCGCGGCUGAGGGCCGCCACAUUGCGCGGAAGGACCUGGGCGUCAGCCUCGGCGGCGGCGGCGGGCUGGGGGUCGGCGUCGGCGGCGGUCUCGGCAUCGGCUCGGGGAUCGGCAUCGGCAUCGGCGGCGGUUCGGGGUCCGCGUCCGGGUCAGGGUCAGGGUCCUACUCCGGCUCCGACUCCGGCUCAGGGUCGGGCUCCGGCUCCGGCUCCGGCUCCGGCUCGGGGUCCUGGUCCGGGUCAAGCUCGGGCUCCAACGCGGGGUCCGGCGGCGCGGGGUCGUAUGCCGGCUCUCACGCCGGCUCGUACGCAGGCUCUAACGGCGGCGGCGCCGGCUCGUCCGCGGGGUCCAACGCUGGCUCUUACGCAGGCUCUAACGGCGGAGGUGCCAGCUCGUACGCGGGCUCCAACGCCGGCUCGUACGCUGGCUCUAACGGCGGGGGCGCGGGCUCGUACGCGGGCUCCGACGCCGGCUCGUAUGCGGGCUCUGGCGCCGGCCCUCACUGGGGCCCUGGUGCUGGCUCGUACGCGGGCUCAAACGCUGGCUCGUAUGCAGGCUCUAACGGCGGAGGCGCGGGCUCGUACGCGGGCUCCGAGGCUGGCUCGUACGCUGGGUCUGGUGGUGGCCCGUACGGCGGCGCUGCCGCGGGCUCCUACGCAGGGUCUCGAGCCGGCUCCUACGCUGGCAAUGGGCACGGCAAGUGA